AAAAAGAAGGGAAAAACAAAAAAAAAAAAAAAAGGAAUCGUUCUUUGAAAAGUAACUAUCAGCGCGGGCAUUGGGUCUCUUUUUGAGCAUGCGCGUUUCGGUGUUUCUAUUGCGUGAGGACAGGGAGUACUCCACUUGUUACUGCUAUAUUACGUUCAUGUUAUUGGUUGUGAAUAUGUUGGUUUGGGAUAAUUGCUACUUGCUGCGCAGAUGUACAUGGAUGGAUUUAUACAUUAGACUGUUCAUAUUGAAACGACUAGAUUGUCUUGGUUCGAGCGAAAAGUUCCCUUUCUUGCAGUGCGUCCCAUAGGUCUUCCUACAAGAGCUAUUGUAAGAGUGCACCCGAAAUCACG